UAGAACGGUUUUGGAUUCUACUAAGGCGUAAGUUUGGAAAGGACCGGUGAAGGGCGGUAGCGAGAGAGUAAACAGUUUGCUUGCUCGCUCCAUCACACAGAUGGUGAAACGGGUCCUCCUGGACAAAUGCCCUGACAGGCAGGGUAUAGCGCGCAGUGCGCAGGUCUGACCUCCCCGUUCGGGGCAGUACCAUCAGCAGCAGCACCAGCAACACCUCUUACAGGUGCUGGCUAGCUGGCUGGCAUUUGGGCAAGCGCCAGUGGCAGCUGGGUGUUGGAAAAAAAAUGUUUACCCACCUCGUCGUCGUCGUCGUCGUCGUCUCCACUGUUGUUUAAGUAAUAGCCCGGAAGGAGUUCACGUUUUAAAGGCCAGAGAAAGGAAGAAAGGAAAGGAGGCUGGAAACAGAAGAACGCAAUCCGAAUCGCAAGGUACCCAGUCCCAGUGUGCUGUUCGGCGUAUUAGGCAACAUGAACAACAACACCUACCAGCCGCAGCACCUCGGUGGCUGCGGUAGUGGCAGUAGCAGCAGCACCACCACCACUACCAACCACUACAAGUACACCGGAAGCAUCCUGAGCAACAACAACUACAGCAGCAGCAGCGGCAGCAGCAGUUGCAGCACCAACAGUGCCAUUAUCCACGGCAACAACAAUCAACCACGCACGAUCAAUGGACAGCAGCAGCACCAGCAGCACCAGCAGCAGCAGCAGCAGCAGCAAGGGCUGCGUGUCAGUCGUAGCAGCACCCGGAAAAAGCCCUUCCACUUUAUAUCCAACAUGUGGAAGAUGAAGAAAAUCAUCAAGUUCGACGACAUCAUGUUCCACCGGGAAAUGAACUGCCGGGCACGGUCGGAACCGUCAGUGUCAACGUACAGCUGCACCGGAAAGGGUUGCCAGCGGAAGUCGUCGCCCUCGUUCUCGAUGCUGAGCCUGUCGCCGGCCAAGUUUCAGAAGUCGACCGACGACGAGCUGGAGGUGACGCGACUUCGGCUGUCCCGCAACGACAAUCCUUUCGUGCAGAAGGUGCUGGCUAGUAGGGACAACGUGACGACAGAUGUCAUCGACGACACUGAGUCGGACGACGCGAUCCUAAUCCUCAUGUCGGACGAGUUCAACGGUGAUGCGGAAACGGAUCCGCUGGCGCUGCCGCAGGUUCACGAACAUAUGAUCCGCUCGCCACCACCAACGUUCUGGCCCCGGGCACAAAAGACUGUCUUUAACUUUGGCGGCGGACAGGAGGAACCAUGCCUGCGGGACAGCACCAAGGAUACUGGUGCGGGGAUUACCAAGCAAUUCAGUGGCCAGCGCUAGGGCACCCGGGCAGCUGCGGUAGGGCAGAGCGUCGUGGUGGAGCAACAUUUCUUCGGUCCCCAUCCUUCUUCUCCUUCCAACCACGCCACGAACCAUCUCUUCCACAAAACGAAAAUGCAAUUAAGCCGGUCGAACGUGAACUUGCGUCACCUGUGCGACUACCCACGUUCCCAAAAUCCCAGUGUGAGUGCGCGUCCGCGGUCGCACGUGUGUAUUUGGGGUAGUUUUGGCAUGAAUCCCGAAGCGACAAAACUAUAGAGAUUUCUUUACUAUAACUUGUUACAUCGUUUACU